GAAACAAAUAAAAAAUCUGAAGACCUAGCUCAUACACAAAUCAAGAAUAUUAUUACCUCUAAUGGCUUCAGGGAAACCAGCUACCCGCCCUUCAGUGAGACACCCGAGCCACAACCAUCCACUGCGCGGUCACAAAGCCCAAGUUGAGGACGAGAUCAUUUGCUCUGGUUGCGACCUAGACCUGAUCGGUGCAUCUUUCAAGUGCACAAAGUCAGAGUGUGAUUACUUCUUGCACAAGACAUGUUUCGAGCUUCCACGAGAGAUUCGUCACAAGUCUCACGCUGAUCACCCUUUGACCCUACUCUAUUCCCCACAGAAUAAUCAAUCCACCUACACGUGUGACGCAUGCGGUGAGUAUGGAUCCGGGUUCACGUACAACUGCUCUAUAUGCCACUACGAUGUUCAUGUUGGAUGUGUAUCUAUGCCAGAGACCAUGAAGCAUGACGAGCACGCGCACACGCUUGUUUUACUCUACAGUGCUCCUUGCCCAAAGGGUCAUAUAUUUACGUGUGAUGUUUGCCAGGAAACUAUGCCGGAUAAUUUGUGGUUGCACUAUUGCCAGAAGUGUGACUACGGUGCUCAUUUACAUGCAUGCGUCGCUGAAGAAGAGGAAAAGCCAAAAAAAGGAGGAAGAGGAAGAGGAGGAGAAGGAGGAAGUAAUGGAAAUGGGGUGAACGGAGGAAGGAGCUCGGCCAAUUCAGAGCUAGCUGCGAUGUUGAAGGCUCAAAGGGAAAUGGAGCAGAUGCAGAUUGCUCUACACUUGGAGAUGCAAAGAGCUAUGAUUGAUAAAAAGUCAAGAAAACAUAUGCUCAAAAUGAUCUAAGAUAUUAUUAACUCGUCUAUUGCUCUCGGAAUCUUGAAACUCUAAAAAUCUAAAACACUUUCACUUUUUGCUUGUCUUUAUAUUUUGUUUAUAUUUUGUCUUUUCUCCGAGCUUUUAUGUAAUUUAUCUAUGAAAGAAUCUUUUAGUAGUUGAAAAUCA